GUUUACUCGAGCGUCCUAGCUGAACCAGUCAUCUGAGCAGUUCUACAUCUCCCUUUCAUUACAAACGCACCAUCACAGUAACGUAACAUGGAUCCUGAUUCUGCAGAAGUUCAGGCCGCUAUAACUGCGGCGAGCGCACAAACGCUCGUCAACUACAUCGGAGUUUCUGCUUUGGUCCUAUUCGCAUAUGACUACCUGAUCACAUUGCACAGUGAAGUGGUGCUAUUUUGGAUGCCUCGCCGCUUCAAUGGAGCCUCGAUUUUGUUUGCACUCAACCGAUACCUCACUAUGAUGGUACAGAUCCUAGGCCUUGUUCCUCUUCCUUCGUCCUUUCAGAGAGCUGUGUCCGACUCCACUGCUUUCCUUGUCCUGGGUCCUUUGCAGUACCUUUCGUGGGCUGCAUUUUCGGCACUCAGAACAUAUGCACUGUGUGCAACGCGAUACAGGCUUGUGAUAUCAAUAGCCGUGUUCGCACUUUCUUCCGUUCCGCUCAUCAUCAACAUGAUUGUGCGUACUAGACGGCAGAUUCCCAAAGAUAGGGAUCCUUGUACUCAUUCAAGGGGGCGGCACCGCGGGUGACGCGGCGAGCAAAGGGUGACGCGGCGGGCAAGGGCGGGACAGGACUGGGAAGAUGUUGGUAUCAGCACGUGCAAGGGGCUUGGGAGGUUUGAUACCUCCCUGGCCCGAUAUCCCAGAGGUUUACAUACCUCGUUGUAGUCUCUACAUUCAACUCCUUUCC